CUUUUUCUUCAGAAAUACAACAUAACAAAUUUCGCAAGUAUGCAAUUAUUCACUCUGCUGCCUUUUACCUUUGCCAUUCUGGCAUCUGCUGCAAAGGGGAGUGGUCCAUCACCAGAGCCUUUUGCCCUUGUAUUCUCACAUGAAAAUUAUAAGGGCAGCCGAACCUUGGUUGACAACCAAUGUACUCCCCUCGAUUCUCUUUACAUCGGUUCUAUCUUCAUACCAACAAUUAAAGGCCAUACGAUCAAGUGUUUCCUGUAUAGUGACGAAGACUGCACUCAUGAUUCGGUGGUGGUCUCUUAUGCUACGUCCGAAGAAAGUAUCCCUAACAAGAUUUCGGACCAGACGAUGUCGGCUGAAUGCCUUUAUUUCUAAAUUAAUAUUAACUACUUGGAGACGGAUGGUUCGCCGGGUCACUGCCAUUUUUGUUUUGGGAAUUGAAACAAGCUUUCUUUUCUCUAGUAGUCGGUUUUGUGUAGAUUGAAGUUAGUUUUGUGUAGAUUGAAGAUAUGCAAAUAACAUGGGGCUG